GAAGGCAUGCAUUGAAAGGAGCAAUCUGAAUGGAAUGCAAAGAAAAAUGAUCAUCUGGGAGGGUAUCUCCCAGCCCCGAGGGAUUGCUGUUCACCCAUUUGCUAAGAGAUUAUUCUGGACUGACAUGGGGGUCAAUCCCUGGAUUGGCAGCUCUUCAUUGGAAGGCAUCGAUCACCAGGUUAUAGCCAGCACUGGUCUGGUGUGGCCCAGUGGAAUAGCUCUCGACUACUUAGCUGACAAGGUGUACUGGUGUGAUGCUAAGCGGUCGGUGGUUGAGAGUGCAAAUCUGGAUGGUUCUGGUCGUCGAAUUCUUGCACAGAAUGAUGUAGGUCAUCCUUUUGCUGUAGCAGUGUUUGAGGACCACCUUUGGUUUUCUGACUGGUCUAAGCCAUCACUAAUGAGGGUGGACAAGAAGACUGGCCAAAACAGGGUACGUCUUCGAGGCAGCAUGCUGAGACCCUCAUCAAUGGUUGUAGUUCAUCCUUUGGCGAAACCAGGGGCAAAUCCUUGCCUUUAUGAGAAUGGAGGAUGUGAUCAGAUCUGUGAAAACAAUUUUGGAGUUGCCCAUUGCAAGUGCCAUCCAGGAUUUGGGAAAACUCAAAAUGGAAAAACCUGUCAUGCUCUGGAUUCUUCCAACUCAACAGCAGGAAGUGUCUCUGUGCACAAGGACAUAAUGCCAAUGCCACCAUCAGAGACCUUGCCUCAGAGCACACAGAGCAGUAGAAUUUUCAAGGAUACAGACAGUGGGGAAAAACAGCAAACAAUUUUUUUGAGGGCUGAAAUCAUGGUAUCAGAUCAAGAUGAUUGCGCUGCACUAGAAUGUUAUGUCAAUGCAGAGUGUAUUUUGCUGGAAGAUGGUGCGAUGUGCCAGUGUUUGAAAGGAUUUACCAGAAAGGGGAAAUCAUGCUAUGAUGUUGAUGAGUGUGCUGUAAACAUGGACCGCUGUAAUCGGAGUGUGUCAGGCUGUAUCAAUACAGAAGGAGGUUAUGUCUGUAAGUGCCUGGAGGGCUACACUGGAGAUGGAAUCCACUGCUAUGAUAUUGAUGAGUGCAAGAUGGGGUCCCACACCUGUGGAGAGAACGAAACCUGCACAAAUACAGAAGGAAACUUCACUUGCUCCUGUGCUGAUGAUGCUUCUGGAACUGGCAUCGGUUGCAAAUCCACUGUUCCCCCAACUGUUGUCAGCAAUGGAUACUCUACACAUGCUGUGCAAGGUGAUAUUAUAGGAUGCCCUCCCUCGUAUGAGUCAUACUGCCUCCAUGGUGGAGUGUGCAAUUAUGUUGCUGAUCUACAAGACUAUGCCUGCAACUGUGUGACAGGCUACGUCGGGGAGCGGUGCCAGUUCAGCGACCUGGAGUGGUGGGAGCAGCAGCGUGCCGAGCGGCUGAAGAUGAGGAAUAUCACCAUUACAGUGUGUGCAGCUGUGCUGGUCCUCCUGCUGCUGCUGGGCUUCCUGGCUGCCUACUGCCACAGAAGUCAAAAUUUGUAUAAGAAGAAUCUCUAUGCAGAAGCAAUAAGAGAUGACAGCAGCCGUGCUGACAGUGAGAACAUGACACCUACUAGCAACAAGUCUCAGUUUGCUGUUGUUAAGGAGUGUAACAGUUCUCUGGAGACUAAAGCAGUUGAUCUAAUUGAGUGUGAGAUAGCAGAUCCUCAUCCUGCCUGUCCUUCAGAGUCUGUGGAAGAACAGCCUCCAACAUAUGACAAAGCAGCAGAGACUUUGGCAGAAGAGGAGAAAGAACAAGACCAUCAACAAGAGGUUCCUGUUGGUGAGAAAUCACAUCUGCCCUUGGGAGCAGAGAAGGGCCCUCCCCAUGCUCCCUGGAGCAUCCACCCCAAGCUCCUUCUGGAAAAGGAGCCCUGCAGUCUUGCCCCAGCCAGCCUGCUGAUGCAGCCAGACUAG